AUGAUUGGAGAUCCAUCUGAGACUGUCGAUCGUUUUCAGUAUUUCACAGAUUCUCACUGUCACGUCAAGUCUCCCACUUCACCAGUAGAUACUACUUCAGAUAAUAAUAAUAAUAAUAAUAAUAAUAAUAAUAAUAAUAAUAAUAAUAAUAAUAAUAAUAAUAAUAGUAACAAUAAUAAUAAUGAUAAACACAUUACUUCUCUCCCGUGUGGGAUUCAACACGCUGUUCUCUGCGGUACACAUCCCAAUAUCGAUUGGAGUCUUAUUGAGAGAUUAGCCGCCGUGAAGGAGGGAGAUGUGCAGGUGCAUCCCACACCGGCCAUAAGAGAACUCUCCACUCCACUUAUUAUUCCUGGAUUUGGUAUUCAUCCAUGGUUUGUACCAUACAAACAAGAGGAAGAAAAGGAGAAGGAAACAAGGAAUAAUAAUAAUAAUAAUAAUAAUAGUGAUAGUGAUAGUAUCCCUAGCGGUAUUCCGACACAAGAGGAAAAGGAAGAAAAAAAAGAAGAAUAUACCGCAGAGGAACUUCUUUCUCUACUUGAAGAUAAACUACGCCGUUAUCCACAUGCCAUUGUUGGUGAGAUUGGACUGGACAAACUACGCGGCCCACCGCCGUCUGUGCAACUCGAACUCUUCACGGCCCAAAUGCGACUCGCAGCCGAAUACAAUCGCCCUGUCUCUAUUCAUUGUGUGCGCAGUUUUGGCCCAAUGCUGCAGACACUGCGGGAUCUCCCGGCGGAGCACACACCGCCCGCUAUUCUCCUCCACGGCUUUACAGGCACAAUAGAGUUUGCAAAGUCUGUGCUGGCCAUUCGAAAGAAACGACAGGUGCCUUUAUUGACGGUGAGUGGGAGAAGUUCACAUAAAUCUGAACCGCUGCGGGUGUUCUUUGGGGUGGGGGCCACGACGAGUUUGCGGGUGAAGGGAUUUCUCACACAAACACUGCCGUUCCUUCUGCAGCAGCGAUGUGUGUUGUUGGAGACAGAUGCCCAUCACACACUACUGAGAAGAGAAGAUGAAGAUAAUGAUGAACAUCAUCAAUGUAAAUUACACAUACCAACAAAAGAAAAAGAAGGAGAAAAAGAAGGAAUAGUAAAGGCAUUGGGGUCUAAAGGUACGGGAAGUGUGAUGGAGCGAUUAGUGUGGGACUCUGCGGGAUGUGCGCAAUUGCGAGAAUUGCGGGAAGUUGUGUGUAGUGUUACUGCAGCGAUGGAAGAGACCCUGCGGAAUGGAUGUGAAGAGGCAUUUAAAGAGGCAUUUGCAGUUGUAAUGGGAAGAAACGGAAAUACGGAUUAA